AUGGCCACUGCGACCAUUCAGACAAAGAAAUUCAUAACCUGUGACAUUUGUGUUAAACCUGUCCAGCAAUUCUGUAACAGCUGCCAAGUCGGCCUGUGUGAAGACUGCAUCAACAAACAUGUCAACAGCCUCAAGUCCAUGAAGCAUAAUAUUGUUCCUUUCACAGACUGUACAGUACAGCUUGUUUUCCCUCAGUGUACAUCUCAUUCCCACCAGAGAUGUGAGACCCACUGUCAACAGUGUGAUGUACCGGUCUGCAUCAAAUGUCUGACUGGUCAACAUAAAGGUCAUGACAUUGUGGACACUUCAGAUAUUGUAGCUUCAAAAAGAGGAAAAAUUAAGGAAGAAACUGAAGAAAUUGAGGGCAUUAUUCAAAAGAACACAGCACAGGACAUAGACACUGAAAACAAAAUUUCCAAAUCCACGGCCCAUUAUGCAGAUUUACAGAAACAGACCAAUGAUCAUAGAAAACAAUGGCGUCUAGAGGUAGACAACAUUUUUAACAAAAUUGGAUCAUUGACCAUGUCACUAAGAGACCAUCAUAUUACUUCUUUAAAAUCAUGCCAGUCCGAACUCAGACACCAGAACUCCAGUAUAAAUCAAUGUGUUCAAGAAAACAAAGACCUUUUAAAGUCCAACAUUGUGUCUGAUGUCAACAACUCCUGUGUAGGAUCCGAUAAAGUUUGGAUUAAUGGACUGGACAAAGUGAUAACUUUUGUGGACAUACAGGGAGCUGUACAAGAUAUUGUCACCAGUACAUGUGUGGAAUGUCCUGGUGACAUUGCAGUGACUUUACAGAAAGAACUAAUAUACAGUGAUGCUAUCAGUAGAACUGUGAACAUUGUCAGAGAUGGGAAGACAGAGACACUGAUCACCACCCCGGAGGGCUGGCAUCCAUCAGGACUCUGUUGUACCAGAUCAGGGGACAUCUUAGUUAGUAUGUGCACUACUGAUUAUAAUUAUCGUAAAAUUGUUCGUUACCAGGGUCAGAGAGUGAUACAGGAAAUAGAUAAAGACGAACAUGGUGGUCCAAUCUAUCAAGGAGGAAGAUAUAGAGUGUGUGUGGUGGAGAACAACAAUGGAGACAUAGUGGCCUCUGAUAUGAAUGUUGACACAGUGGUAGUGGUGGAAAGGACAGGAAAAGUAAGAUUCCGAUACAACGACAAACCUCCAGGAGGAAAGAAACCAUUUAGUCCAAGGCAAAUAGUGACAGACUCCAUGGGUCACAUCAUUGUGACAGAUUUGAUGAAUAACUGUAUACAUUUUCUAGAUCACAAUGGACAGAUUAUGAAAUUUGCAAGUAAUAUCAAUUGUGGAAUAUAUUUUCCUGUAAUUGGACUAAGUGUGGACAGUGAGGGGAGAUUGUGGGUAGGGUUACAUUUAUCAGGGGAAGUGAAAGUCAUCGAAUACAUGAAAUAA